GCUCGCAGAAGAUUGAAUAAAAUUAUUUGAAAAGUAACGUAUCAGUGUUGUAAAGACGAAACCAAGCGUGAAGGGAUCAUCCGGCCGCGACAGUGAGGUAAACGAGAAAGGUGUGAGAUAGGAAAAUGUAAUGACCAAACCCCCUGACCGUGUCCUUGUGAGAGUCUUCUCUGUUACGUGCAAGACACCGGUAUGAGACUAAUUCAAUUCAACUGCGCAGUUUCAUAUUGAGAACGGAAACGCCAACAACAGAAAAUCUUCCACCUCUCAAUAUUUCGCGCAAUUCGACUGAAUGUUGCCUUCAAAAGUUCAAAUAAGGAGAGCUUUGACUACACGUAUUGAAAAAUCCAUAUAUUCUUACAUCGUAUGUUCUGAAACUCUAAGAGUGAUUAGUAGCUAAACUUUCCUUACAAUAUCACACCUGAAUCACACCUGUUAUGGCCACGAGAUUAUAGAAAAUGAACACCAACUAAAUUCUCCUUCUCAACACCUCAAGAAAUGUAUUGAGAACAGUAUGGAGAAUAUGCAUACUGAUGUUACGGUGUUAAGUGUUAAGGAAAAUAUUACUUGAUUUUUAAUCAGAAUUUUUGUUUGUGUUUUUAAACGCGAGUAGAUUAAAUUGUUAGCGAUAGUUAACAGACUGUUAGCAUAGUAGACGAUUGACUGACGUCUCUGUUUUAUCUAAACGUCAUUAUUUCAAAUCUUAAAGCUAUUAGAAAUAGUUUUCAAGGAUAGUUUUUAACAAAGUCGUUGAAAUGGAGGUGAAUUUUUCUGGUAGGGUAAGGCAGUAAAAUAGAUUGAAUUAACUUGCGAUGUCUAGUUCUAAAAUGUUCAGGAAGAACCCCAAAAUGUUAUCACAUCAAAAUUUCAUCUUAGUUAUUUGACAUGUGCCAAGGAGAAAAACAAAUUGGUAAAACUUCCUGUACGUGUCACUUUAGCAGAUGUCUCGAACACAACAUGGCAACGUCAGAUGAAGAAUCUCACUGCAAACUGCCACUCGGAUUCCCUGGUGAAAUCGUGGCAAUGGUUUUGUACACUUCGCUUAUCAUCGUCGGAUCGUCGGGAAACAUGUUCGUGAUUCUUGCUAUCAACCGGACACCAACUCUGAGGAACGUGUGUGGAAUCCUGAUAGCAAACAUGGCAGUAGCUGAUCUGAUGGUGACAGCAAUAGUAAUGCCUGUAAUAGUCUAUGUCCUAAUUCAGGGAUUUUUGGAUGAGUGUACCUACCAUACUCCACUUUUUGUUAGCUGGAUAAUAGCACUUUUCUCUGCUGGUUCCUCGCUAAAGACGCUAACUACCCUCAGUGUGGAUCGCUGCUUUGCCAUCUGUCGCCCAAUAAAACACAAAACAAUCGUAACUGUAACAAAAGCAAAGAUAGUCAUCGCAAUGACCUGGGUCGGAUCUUUAAUCCUUCCCCUCUUAGAGACAUUCUAUCCUGGAUCAACACCCUCCAAAUUUUUUCAGACCAUUGGAGUGGUCUGCUAUUAUUCUAUCAUGGUCAUGAGCGGUAUUUUCACAAUCAGGCAUGUGCGCGCAAACUCACGACAAAUAGGUUCACUACACCAGGGUCAAGGAACUUCUCGUCUCGCUGCAGAUUUGAACCAGAGGAACAAACAGGUCGCUAAGACGAUUGGACUCGUUGUGUUCGUCUUCACUCUUUGUUGGAUCCCACUUGCGUAUCUUAUUGGUAUUGAGAUCAAUAAAGACAGGAAUAAUAGACUCUAUUUCUGGUUCGCUUCACUGGGACUCGCCAACUCAGCAGUAAACCCGUGGAUUUACUUCUAUCGACAGCCAAACUAUCGUAAAGCGCUCAAAUCUUUACUCGGAUGCAAACGAGGUACACCUAACGUCGUUGUGCAAGUGCAAAAUCGCACUACAACACAGGGGACUAAAGUGAACACGUGAAAAAAAAAAAGGCGGCGCCUUCUUUGAACCGUUUAACUUCUAAGAUCGUCCUUGUAAUUCUUCCCCCUUGCUGCAAUACAUUUGGUUUUAAAUAUGUCCAGACAGUGAGAGUUGCCUAAGAUAACAUUUGUUUAGAAAUAAUGAGACUACCGUAACUUUAAGCGGGAUAGCGUUUUAAAAGUGUUCCAAGAAGUUAGAAAUCAUGAUAUAUUCACAUAAUAGGUACGAUUUAUAGCAGCGGCGACUCGAGAAGACUUUCCAAUUUUUAAUUGUCACCUAAUACCUUAGUUCUAAUUACUAAUAAAAAUCAAUUUUUGAAAGGUACCUAAAAAUAUAUUGGAUAUAAUUGAAUCUAGACUGAUAUUUUUGGUAAGGUUGCAGCGAAAAUUUCGAAAGUUUUCGAUAGCACUUCAUGAAAGUGGAACGAUCAUGCGAAUGUUUUAAAAUCUUGAUGAAAAUGACUUUGAAAAGAAGACAGCUUCUUCGAGACGGUUUUUUAAAACGUUCUUAGUCUUUAAAUGAAGUUUCCGCUACAGAAUGUAACUAUUUCUUUGACCUUUAGUCCGCAGACGAUUGUGUUAAAUGAUUUGAAAAGCAACGUUUCAGUGUCGUUAAGACGCCGCGCAGAACCAACUACAACAAC